AUGACGACCACCAUGGCGGCCACCGCGCCCAACAACUCCCCCUUCACCGCCGGCGGCCAAGCCGCCCGCGGUAACGAUCACAUGCCCUCCGUCACCCCCAUCUCCGCCCACGGUCAACCCUCUCCCACCUGCUCCUCCACGAAUACUCUCGCCAACAACUCCCCCACCUCCCCCCGCCUGGACAAAGCCGCCCUCCACCAACUCCCGCUGCAAUCCCGUCAGUUGCGCCCGCUCAAGGGUCCCAUGUAUGUCCCCGCGGCGCUGCGACCGACCGAACGCCCACAAAAGUCCUCUCCCAUCACGCCGCCUCGCAGUGUGCACGGCUCCCUCGACAGCCUGAACGAGGACACCGAGCCGAUCAGUCGUCGCUCCACCAUGGAGAGCAAGUCCAGCGGUAUCAGCAAGGUGGCCGAACACGAGUGGAUGAAAACGGAGCACUUGGGUGAGGUCACUGGCAUGCCCACCCGUGAUCAUUGGAAAGCCGAUGCGGCCUCCUCGAGCUGCGACUCCCCCACUUGCCGAUCCUCCUUCGGCAUCUUUACCCGUCGCCAUCACUGCCGCCACUGUGGCCACGUCUUUUGCUACAACCACACCCCACACAUGGUGCCCCUAGACCAGAAUGCCGCCUUCCACCCCGAGGGCGUCCUGUCUCGUGCCUGUGACCUCUGUUGGAGUGCCUACAAGAGGUGGGAGGAGACCCGCACCGACCGGUUGAACCAGAUCCAAAAUUCCAUCGACGCGAAGAGAGAUCCCAGCCCUCCGACCGACGACCUCGAGUCCAGCCAGAGUUCGGGCCGAGCGGCUCUCAAUCCCAACCUCGGCCAGACUGCCGAAGUGGCGGCCAGUGUCCCUCGUGACUGGAAUUGGAGCACUUUCUAG